AAUAUGGCGUCGUCGUGUUUCCACGCGCUUCGUAUCAGAAGGUCGAAGAGGAAGCCUUUACCGGUCCCGGCUUCUUCGUCAUCGUCGAAAACGCAGUUGAAUUCCGACAUGGAGAAUCUGGAGAGGAAGAGAUUCGACAGCUUGGAAUCGUGGUCGAUGAUAUUGGACUCGGAAAAUGUGGAAACCUGGGAGCCGGCGAAGGAAGAUCAGGAAGAAUGGACGGCCGAUCUUUCGCAGCUGUUCAUUGGUAACAAGUUCGCGUCAGGAGCUCAUAGUAGGAUCUACAGAGGGAUUUACAAGCAGAGAGCCGUGGCUGUGAAAAUGGUGAGGAUUCCAAACCAGAAGGAGGAGACCAGAACCUUGCUUGAGCAGCAAUUUAAGUCUGAAGUCGCCUUUCUGUCACGUCUCUUUCAUCCUAAUAUUGUGCAGUUUAUUGCAGCUUGUAAAAAGCCCCCCGUGUACUGUAUCAUCACAGAAUACAUGUCACAAGGAACGCUGAGAAUGUACCUCAACAAGAAGGAACCCUACUCACUUUCAACAGAAACAAUUCUUAGGUUAGCUCUUGAUAUUUCUCGAGGAAUGGAGUACCUUCACUCGCAAGGUGUAAUCCACAGGGACUUAAAAUCUAAUAACUUGCUCCUUAAUGAUGACAUGAGGGUGAAGGUGGCAGAUUUCGGUACGUCAUGUCUCGAAACGCAGUGCCGGGAGACGAAAGGAAACAUGGGAACUUACCGUUGGAUGGCGCCGGAGAUGAUUAAGGAGAAACCUUAUACUAGGAAAGUCGAUGUUUAUAGUUUUGGAAUUGUGUUAUGGGAACUCACUACGGCGUUACUUCCCUUUCAAGGAAUGACCCCUGUGCAGGCUGCGUUUGCUGUGGCUGAGAAGAAUGAACGGCCACCACUUCCGGCUAGUUGUCAGCCCGCGCUUGCGCACCUCAUAAAGCGCUGCUGGGCCGCAAACCCCUCAAAGCGGCCGGAUUUUAGUGACAUUGUGUCUAUUUUGGAGAAGUAUGAUGAGUGUGUCAAGGAGGGUCUUCCUCUUGCUUACCAUUCGAGGCUGGUCAGCCGAAACGCCAUUAUUGAGCGCUUGAAAGGCUGUGUAUCUAUGAGCUCUUCCAUACCUGUACAUGCUUGA